AUGAUGGCGGCCGACAUCACCAUGACUCUGGGUAUUCCAGGCUUCACCGCACCAAUCUUGGCGAACGCCACAAAGCCCAACCUCGCCAACAUCAGCGCUCCCUUCCUUGCCACCAUCGUUCGCGAUAGCUACCGUGCCACCUUCAAAGCUCGAGUCGCCGCCGGCGAAGCACGACCUUUCGUAAUCCCGAACGGCAUAUUUGCCAGUUUCAUCGUCCCCAUUCUUUACUUGACCUUUCCGCAUACAAAAAGGCCAUGGCUCUACAGGGCAAGGUGGCUAGUGCUCGCCUUCAUCGUCAUUUUCAAUAUCGACGUCUUACUAGACACCUCCAGCACCAAUAUGUCCGUGUCUUAUACUAGCGGCCUGUCAGCGUUUUGGGGAAUCCUGUCCAACUUCACCAUGCUGGUGUUCACCGCACCUCAGUUCGACUACGAGAGAGUUGUUCGAAGGAAGGUGACGAGAGCUCUUCCAAGGACUCUCAGCAAAUCCAAAUCGCCCGCGGAUCGCGCAGCCCCAACAAACGGACCCGGACUCAGGAAGCGAGCCGGCGGCAAGAAGAGAAAAGCCGAUCGAGUCACUGCGCCCGAAGUAAACCUCAACGAGUACGAGUACUACUGGCAGGCUUUCCCAGAAAACGGAUCCUUCUCAGAGCGACUGGGCUGGGUCAUUGAUCUCUAUACCAAUUUCAGGGGAGUCGGUUGGACUUGGGCUGUUUCUUCGGUUCCCAGCCCAGCUCCCUCGGAGAAACCCGGUACGGGUGAGCUUGUCAAGAUGGACACUAUCCCGCUAGAAACAUUCGUAGGAUGCCAGACCUACAAAGACGAGAAAGAAUUCUUGCGACGGAAGAUCAUCCCUAUCGCAUCAUUGUAUGUGAUCCUCGACAUCUUCAAGGUUGCCAUCAUGGAAGACCCCUAUUUUUCACUCGGACCUAGCUCGUUGCCCCUUCCUGACCACCUCGCGGCUCUCCCACCAUGGGCCCUAUCCGUGUGGCGGCAUGCCGCCGUACUGGGCGUUCUCUAUACCUCGCUUAUCAUGGUCUUCGCUGUCCAUGACUUAUUCCAGUACUACGUGUUCAGCAAAGUCUUCCCCAUGCGGGGUGAGCUGUGGCAGUACUCAACAGUAUUCGGUUCCUUCACACAAAUCCUGGACAGAGGCCUAGCUGGUUUCUGGGGGGCUUGGUGGCACCAGACCUUCCGACAUACGUUCUCUGCGCCGGUCAGCUGGGCCGUGAACCGUGGUUAUCUCAAAAAGGGGACGCGCAGCACAAAGGUAAUCGGCAUGUCGACUGCCUUCCUUCUCUCGGGUCUACUCCAUAGUGCCGGAAGCGUCAGCGCGAUUCCCGAGACCACGUGGUGGAAGCCGGCGCUCUUCUUCUGGCUGUCGGCGCUGGGAGUUCUCACUCAACAAGCAUUCUGUACAGCCAUGAAGCCUCAGAUUACGAAGAUGCCUCGCGCGCUUAGGAGAGCUGGGAAUCUCAUUUUUGUGUUCGCGUGGCUGCACAUUACUGUCCGGCCGCUGGCGGACGACUUUGCUCAAAGCGGCCUCUGGCUCAUGGAGCCCGUCCCCGUUUCGGUCGUGCGGGCCCUCGGCUUCGGACGCGGAGAGACAUCGUGGUGGAAGCCUGACAUGGAAGCCAUUGGACACUGGCAUGUUGGACAGCAUUGGUGGGAAUCUGGAUUCAGCUACUAG